ACAAAAACACGAAAUGAAUCCAAAGUGUGAAAAGCCUGAGCCUGAAAAUUCUCUCUCGUGAAGGUGUUUUUGGCUAUAAAUGAUUAAAUCCACUUUGAACCUGUACCAUGUCUCUCGUUAAACAAGGCAUUUCAAUUAUCGUGUCUUCUUGGCUCUCUGUUUAGGAUCGACAUGGAUUUCUUUUUUCCAUUGGCAAUACUUGUGAUGAUAUUAGGCACACCAUACUCUAGUGCUUCUGGAAAGAGUGAAAGUAAUGUGAAAACAGCUGUUUUUCUGUCUCCUAAGUUUGAACUUGGACCGGGAUCGGUUGCAAAUAAAUAUGAUUAUGAUAUUGAUUUUCCAAGAGGUCAUAUAGCACUUAAGAGUUUCAAUGCAGAGGUAGUUGAUGAAGCAGGGAACCCUGUGCCUCUUCAUGAAACUUAUCUCCACCACUGGGUUGUUGGAAGAUACUAUCAACCUAAAUAUGUGACGACACACACAAACUAUGAUGGACAUAGGAUACUUCACAACUCUGACCAUAUAUUUGUGAGGAACAGCGGCAUAUGCCAGAGAGAUAUUCUAGGACAAUACUAUGGCCUUGGAUCUGAAACACGAGGAACAGCUACGGAUGUUCCUGAUCCUUUUGGGAUAGUUGUAGGUGAUCAUGCAGAAAUUCCUGAAGGGUAUGAGGAGAAGUGGCUGGUUAAUAUCCACGCCAUUGAUACACGCGGUGUAGUGGAUAAGAUGGGGUGCACUGAGUGUAGGUGUGACCUUUACAAUGUUACAAAGGAUGAAUAUGGGGAGUUUCUAAGGCCAGAUUAUAAAGGAGGUUUGAAAUGUUGCUAUGAUCAAACACAGUGCAGGCUGAGGGAAGGCUUUGAGGGCCCUAAGAGGAGCCUCUACCUAAGAUACACUGUAAAGUGGGUUGAGUGGGACAAGUUUAUAGUGCCUGUAAAGAUUUAUAUACUUGAUGUCACUGAUACUUUAAAAAUAUCAGAUGAUUCUGGUGAAAUGAUCCCUGAGCAUGAUUGCCGGGUUGAGUAUGAAGUUGAAUAUUGCAGCACUGGCCAAAAGAAUGGUAAUGGCUGUCUUGAUGGGAAGAGAACAAGCCUCCCAAUACAAAAGGGUGGUUAUGUCAUAUAUGGGGUUGCUCAUCAGCAUUCAGGUGGCACUGGAUCAACUCUAUAUGGACAGGAUGGAAGGGUUAUAUGUUCCUCAAUACCGAGUUAUGGAAAGGGAAAGGAAGCAGGAAAUGAAGCAGACUACAUUGUAGGAAUGAGCACAUGUUAUCCUCGACCAGGUUCUGUAAAGAUAAUUGAUGGUGAGACUUUAACUCUAGAAUCUAACUAUAGCAGCAGCCGUGAGCACACUGGAGUGAUGGGGCUUUUCUAUCUAUUGGUGGCAGAACAGCUUCCAGACCAACACUUCAGACAUACCUCUCGUUCUUCAUUCUUUAUGAAUAUAAAUAGUAUAUUUCAUUGAUAGAUAACUAGUGAAAUGCUAAUAUAUUUGGAGUGUCAUCGAUGGUAUCAAAGUAUGUAUGACGGUCAAAAGAAAUAUAAUGACAGAACUUAGAAGUAUAAUUGGAAAAAUAUACUUCUCUUGUCGGCGGCAAUAGACAACAAAGGUAAAAGCCGGCGAAGAGCAUAUUUCCAAGUUUGAGGAUUGUUGAAAUGGGGUCAUAAGUCAUUUGUCUUGGUGAGAGUUUGUACUGUUGUCUUAAACCAGUCUUAUAUCAUUUUAUCAUCUUAAUUGAAGUAAUGAACCCACAAUAUGGAGGGAUCGUUACUUCAACUAGUCCCAUGUUCUUUAAAUGCAUUUCUUAUUUGGCCAUGUGUUAUGUAAUAUGUUUGUUGUACAUAAAGUAAUUUUAUAUCUUUGAAGUUCCUUUUUUAUAUUAUAUGGAUGAUUUGGUUCAUAA